AUGCACGAAAAAAUCCACACGGGGAUAAAGUCCUAUUCAUGUCCUGACUGUGGUAAGUGUUUCUCUUGGAGGAGGACCCUGACCAUACAUAAACGAGUUCACACUGGAGAGCGGCCGUAUUCCUGUACCGUGUGCGGGAGGUGUUUCAGGCAGAAGUCUGUUCUUGACCUCCAUGAACUCACUCACCGCGGCAAGCGUUUUAUCCAAAGAGGACAGCUGAUCGCCCACAUGAGAUCUCACACGGGAGAGAAGCCUUACUCUUGUGAAGAGUGUGGGAAAUGUUUUUUUUCAAAGUCGGGCCUUUUGAGGCACCAGAAGAGCCACACCGGGGAGAGGCCGUUCUCCUGUCCAGAAUGUGGGAAGUCUUUUUCUCACCGAGCCAAUCUGGUCCAACACCAAAGAGGCCACACGGGCGUGAAAACCGCACCUUGCUCCGAGUGCGGACGAGAUUUUGCGAAUCGCUCGGCUUUGAUUAGGCACGAGAGACUCCACACCGGUCAUCGGCCGUAUUCCUGCUCCGAGUGCGGGAAAUGUUUUCCUUGGAAAUCACAUCUCACCGCACAUGAAAAAAUCCACACAGGGGAGAAGUCCUAUUCCUGUUCUGAAUGUGGAAAGUGUUUUUCCUGGAGAAGAAACCUCACCAUACAUAAACGAGUUCACACAGGAGAACGGCCGUAUGCAUGUUCUGCGUGCGGAAAAUGCUUUAGACAGAAGUCAGUUCUCGACAUCCACGAACGAACUCAUAGGAAAUGUUUUACUCAGAAAGGACAACUUGUUUCCCAUCAGAAGACUCACACGGGAGAGAAGCCGUUCUCGUGUUCUGAAUGCAGCAAGUGCUUCGGCUCAAAGUCAGAUCUUAUACGACAUCAGAGAAGCCACACGGGGGAGAAGCCAUUUUCGUGUCCCGAAUGUGGGAAGUGUUUUUCUUACAGAGCCAAUCUGGUUCAGCACCAGAGAGGCCACACGAGAGGUUUUAAACGAAAGUCCCAUCUGAACGAGCACCGAAAGAUUCACAGCAGCGAGCGCCCCUUCUCAUGUUUGGAGUGCAGGAGAGAGUUUGCCAAUAGAGCUGCUCUGGCUAGGCACGAGAGACUCCACACUGGCGAUUGUCCAUAUUUCUGUUCAGAGUGUGAUAGAGGCUUUAAUAAUAAAUCAGACUUGGUAAUACACGAGAGAGUCCACUCCGGCGAUCGCCCCUAUUCGUGUUCAGCAUGCGGGAGAAGCUUCUCCAGCAAAUCGGCGCUGGGUAGACAUGAGAGAGCUCACACUGGUGAUCACCCGUAUUUGUGUAUUGAGUGUGGACAACAGUUUUCACAUAAAUCCUCCCUUAUGUCACAUCUCAGUUCCCAUGAAAGACAAGAGGUUCCUGUGCCAAGAGGCAGCAGCUGA